AUGGAACAACAACCAGCAGCAGCGUAUUCGCGAACCAGUGGGGUUGGUGUUGAUGGUCCGAAUGGAUUACUAUUCCGAUCAAGCCAAGCUACUCCUCCAGAAAUUCCAGUACGUGCCGGGGCAGCUAGUGUGAAAGCGCCGGAAGUACCACCGAAAAAUCUGAUCAAGCGGCCUACCACCAUCGGGGCAGUAAAUAGGGAUGAUACUAAAAUCAACUCUAUGCCAUCGAUUGUACCACAACAUGUCGCUCCUGUGCCGACAAAAGUUCCACCAGUACCGAAGAAAACUGGAAAUCAUUUACAGAACGUAGCUUGUGCUUUUCCACAUCCGGCGCCGAUUUGUACUGUGCCCAGUACAACCACAUCGGAAGUGAAUACUUCAGGGCCAACGAAACCUCAGUCGGACCUAAUGAAAUCCGCACCAAAGCAGGCCAAACUAGAAGACUAUGGCUCCGAGGACGCUCUGCGGGGUAUAGAAAGCGGACUCCGAAACGUUGAACGUGCGAUCAAGGAACAAAUGAGUCUACGGUCUUCUAUCGACGUUGAGGAAUCGUCUAAAUUAUCACAUGGGAUGAAAUUUGGAAGGAUAGAUUUGAUAAACCAACAUCCGACCAAUUUGGGAUCGACUACAUCUCUCGAGAAUUCGUUUGAUACACCAACAUCCACAUCCUCUGGUAUGGUACAAGGAUUUAAGUUUGAUCGGUUCGAUCAGAAUCAACGGCCGAUCGGAUUAGAGCGUGGUGUUAGUAUGGAAAAGCUUCGUUUCGAUACAGGAACAACAGGAAGUAUGAACGGCACAGAACAUAUGUACCAACGUCCGAUGGAGAACCAGUUCCGUUCAUUGGAUCGCCAUUUGCCGCUUGAGCUGCAAUAUAGUAGCAGUCAGCGCCAACGUUCCCAAGAGAUGGAAUUCAUCAAACAACAGCUACUUCCAGUCAUCGCUCGGAACAAGGAAACGAAUAGUUUGAACCGCCAAAUGGGACUUUCCAAGGACGAUCUUCGUUCAAGAAGACGUUCGUCGCAUGAUGAAAGUCUUUUCUCCAUGAACAAUGCAGCCACCCGCAUGAAGGAACAUUGGGAAGAUUCAACGCAAUCGGUAGUGCAAAGAAAAACCCAACUAACGGCAAUGCUCGGGGAUUCCCAAAGAUAUGAGGCCAAAAGGUUGGAAAUAGAUGGUUGGCUAUGCAGGAUGGAGACAAUAACAGAACGCAUGGGACCAGUGGCAAUGACGGCAGAUGUUUUGGAGAUUCAACAAAAAGAGCAAAAGUCUUUCCAUGCGGAGCUACAUAAAUUUCAUAAGCAAAUUGAGAUAUUCAAUCAGUUGACCCAAAAACUGAUAUCGGUUUACCAAUGCGACGACACAUCUAGAAUUAAACGAAUGACAGAAUCUAUUAACCUAAGAUACAAUAACUUGAAUAACUCGAUUAUUUUACGUGGCAAGCAACUACAUGCCGCGAUGCAUUCAUUACAAACUUUCGAUCGAACCUUCGAACAGUUUCUCGGCUGGCUAAGUGAAGUAGAAUCGUUGUGUGAAAAUACCGAGUCCGAGGUUGAACGGAAUCCCCAUUGUUUGAAGGAUUUGCAAACAGAAAUCGAUUCAAAUCGCAAGGUGUAUGAAGGCCUGGACAGUACUGGACGAAAGUUAUUGCGCUCGUUAACGUCCCAGGAAGAUGCUGUCAUGCUACAGCGUAAGCUGGACGAAAUGAAUCAACGUUGGAAUCAUCUGAACUCACGCAGCGCUGCUAUCCGCAAUCGUUUGGAAUCCAAUUCCGAACAUUGGAAUGCGUUGUUGUUAUCCUCGCGCGAGCUCACCGAAUGGGUUAUAAGAAAAAACACCGAACUAUCUUCGAUUGGAUUCGGAUCGAUCAACGGAGAUUCUAAUAGCUUGCAAAAGCAGUUGGACGAGCAUAAAGCUUUUCGGCGACAGUUGGAUGAUAAGAAAUCAAUCAUUGAGAACAAUUUGAUGAAUGGAAGGCAAUACAUAUCGAAUGAGUCACCGCUCUCGGAUACUAGUGAUUCAGAAGCUAUCGACGAGACUAUGUACAUCUCUGCCGAACAGCAGAAUCGAAUUCUUAGCCGCAGUAUACGUAGAGAAGUGAACAAGCUAUCUGAACAGUGGGCAAUACUUAUUGAACGUUGCGACAAGUGGAAGCACCGAUUGGAUGAGAACAUUACGAAAAUGCGGCAAUUUCAAAAAGUUCUCGAAGAUCUUAGUUCGCGCGUAGCCUCGGCUGAAACUAUUACGCACUCCUGGACGACGCCAGUUGCUGCAGGAAACACAACAGAAGAGGCACAGCAUCUGCAGCGGCUCAGAGAUAAAUUAACUACGGCCAACGCACUACUGGACGAUUGUAAUGAGCAACAGAAUUUUUUCUCUUCAUGUCAUGUCAUCGUACCAAGCCCAUAUCUUGCUAAGCUAGAAGAUAUCAAUACACGCAUGAAGUUACUGCACAUUGCAGUUGAGGAGCGGUUUAAAGUAUUACAGCUGAGUACCGAUAUGCAUAGUGGUGGUGAUGGUGUAGAUAGCACGGUUGCUGGUGGUCAUUUGGGAGAAGGUGGAAAGUUCUCUAAACCCCUUCAUAUAGUUGCGAUUGGUUCAACUGUCCCAGAUUUGGAAAAGAGCGUUCAAAUACCAUGGGAACGUGCGGUCACGCCAGCAAAUGUGCCUUACUAUAUAAAUCACGAACACGAAAGCACGCAUUGGGAUCACCCGGAGAUGAUAGAGUUAAUGAAAUCACUGGCUGAUUUGAAUGAAGUUCGUUUUUCUGCUUAUCGAACUGCUUUAAAGCUUCGGACAGUUCAAAAACGACUCGUAUUCGACCGUCUGAAUAUGAGCGUGGCGAUUGAGGUAUUCGAUCGCUAUGGUCUGAGGGCCCAAAACGAUAAGCUUAUUGAUAUACCUGAUAUGACAACGAUCUUGAAUUCGUUGUAUACUACUCUCGAACCAACUGAUCGGGCGAUAAUGCUUGAUUUGGCUAUCAACUGGAUACUGAAUGUGUACGAUUCUCAACGAACUGGACAAAUUAGAGUGCUGAGUUUUAAGGUGGGAUUGAUCCUUUUGUGCCGUGGGCAUCUAGAAGAAAAAUAUCGUUACCUAUUUCGGUUAAUAGCAGACUUGGAAAAAAAAGUUGAUCAGCGCAAAAUGGGACUGUUAUUGCAUGACUGUAUCCAAGUACCUCGUCAACUAGGAGAGGUGGCUGCGUUUGGUGGAUCUAAUAUUGAACCGUCGGUUCGAUCAUGCUUUGAGUUGGCUGGUGGCGUUAGUCAAAAUGGCGAACUACUAGAAACAGCGAUAGAGGCACAACACUUCUUAAGCUGGCUGCAGCAUGAACCGCAAAGUUUAGUAUGGCUUCCCGUAUUGCACCGAUUGGUGGCAGCGGAAUCGGCAAAACAUCAAGCCAAAUGUAACAUUUGUAAGGAAUACCCCAUCGAGGGGUUCCGAUACCGCUGCCUAAAAUGCUUCAAUUUUGAUAUGUGCCAAAAAUGUUUCUUCACCGGUCGCAGCACUAAGAAUCAUAAGUUAAGCCAUCCAAUGCACGAGUACUGUACAACGGCCACUUCAACUGAAGAUGUUCGUGAUUUCACCAGAGCUUUGCGAAACAAGUUUAAGAGUAGAAAGUAUUUCAAAAAACAUCCUCGGGUAGGUUACCUACCAGUGCAGAGUGUUCUCGAAGGCGAUGCGCUUGAAAGUCCGAUACCAAGUCCUCAACACGCUGGCACGCAUACACUGCAAAAUGAUAUGCAUUCGCGCUUGGAAAUGUAUGCAUCACGGUUAGCGCAAGUUGAAUGUGGAACUCGCACAAACUCUACACCCGACAGUGACGAUGAGCAUCAGCUAAUUGCCCAGUACUGUCAGUCGCUACCAGGUGUAACGUCUGGAACAGCCAAUCCAGGUAGUGGUGCUCCAAAGUCUCCCGUUCAAGUGAUGGUAGCCAUGGAAGCAGAGCAGCGUGAAGAACUAGAAACCAUGAUACAAGAAUUGGAAGAGGAAAAUGCAAAUUUGCAGGCAGAAUACGAAAAGUUGAAAGCAAAGAAAAUAACUACACCUAUUACGACGCCGGAUGAAGGUUACAAAACACCGACUUCGGCCACAAAUGUCACAGCAGCGCUAUCGUCGACAGGCACUACUAAUGGCUCGGACAUGAUGACCGAAGCAAAGCUGUUACGCCAGCACAAGGGACGUCUGGAAGCAAGAAUGCAAAUAUUGGAAGAUCACAACAAACAACUGGAGGCGCAGCUGCAACGGCUUCGUCAAUUAUUGCAUGAGCCAACGCCAUUGAAACCACAAACGCUACAAACGCGAUCCGUGACAGCAUCGCAAUUAAAUACGGAUUCGCCAGCAAAAUUUCCACAUAAUGGACAUUAUGAACAAAAGAUUUCAUCUGAAUUAAAUCAGAAGACAAAUUCCUUUUACGGUUCGGUCGGUGCUGGCAGCAUCAACGGGUACUUAUCCAUGGCUGGUGAUGAAGGCAGGCAGCGGGAACAAUAUAGCAUAGACAAUUAUGAUAAACCACCGGGAGCUGGGCCAUCAGGGGUGACUGCAGUAUCUGCUGUUGCAUUGGGAGCUAAUAAGUCACAUGUGGGAACAGAUUACACGGUGGACGAGCGACCACCUCCUCCACCUCAUUCUAAUUUGCUUCAUAUGGCAGACGACCUCAAUAAAGCAGUGGAAGAACUAGUCCAUAUAAUGACAACCGAAACGAAAGAUGAGCAACGAAACGAAGACACAAAGCAAGCAGCACAAAAAUAGAUGCUGAUCAUCGUCGCAUAUCAUCACCGAAAUAUGUGAAUGAAACAAUAACCAGUAAUCAAUUGAUCUUACAUAUACAUGAAUUUUUUUUAUUUUAUGCAUGAAAAUCAUAAAAUAAGAAGACACUUACAAUUACAUAGGAAUGAAGUUUUAGGUAGCAGUGCUUUUUUUCGAAAUAAGCACAUUCAUUUGAUUAUAAGAGUAACAUUUAUGAGUUAGUAUUGCCUACGAAAACUAAUUAUAUAUAUCAACACAUUUACCAAUAUACAUAUCGUCAUUACGAAUAACAACCUGGCAUUAUAACAAACUUAUCAUAUCAAACUUAUCAUUAAUAAAUAAUCAUUCAGUAUGAAACGUUAAAAGGAACACAAAAAUGAACUAUCCAAUUCAGAACCAAUUGAGCUAUAGCUACGCUGACAGUGCAAAACGUUGAUCCAGUUAGUAAGAGCGAUUGGUAAGCGAUUGGAAAGACGAUUAGAGUAGAUAAAUAUUCUAUUGAGCUAACAGAUUGUUUUAUUGAUGAUUACGUUACGUACCAAAAUUGAAAAAAAGCAUUUUAAUGUUCAUCUCAUGAUGUGUCGAAACUUUCUUUUUUAGACAUAAGACUAAAUUGUGUUUGUUCCAAACUCUUCACCGGUACCUUUCAAUAUCAUCAAAUACAUAAAUUACAGGUUGCAGGAAAUCUUAAAUCUGCCAAUUCAUCUCAUUUGAUAAAACCAAAAUCCUUUGUAAGACUAAGUCCGUUUAUCAAAUUAGAUUACAAACAAAUAUUUUAACACGUUACGCUCUUUAAUUGAAUCGUUGAGUUAAAUAUACAUAUCAAACAUAGUGAAAAACGUGUAGUUUAGAGAUGCUGUAUGGGAACAUUUCAUUGCAUAAAAGUAAACACUGCUUAAACCAUUGCUGGCUUGAUACAGUGCUAGUAAAGUCUGUUGCCUUAUCGCCACAUCUCGCUUACUUAAAGUCCGAGUGAUAGCUGUUCAGGCAUGCUGAUACCCAUCGCCCAGGCGGUUGUCUAGAUUCGUAAGUACUGUUUAACGACUUCAGCAGCCGCGAACAGAUAUCCUCGGACUGGUGAAACGAGGGGGUGCUAGUAGGCAACUGAUUUUAACGUGCCAGAGGUAAAAUCGUAACUACAUACGUUGCCUAUUAUCUAUGAAUGCUAUUAAAAGGGUCAUAAGAUCAUGAAUAUUACACACAAUUACUAUCGCGACACUGGUGGCGGCAGAUUAAAUGCAAACAAGGCAUUCGGCGAUUUCAUGACUGUUUUUUGGAAGAGGUAGGGUAGUGAAUACUACGUCCAAUAUUAGACAAGCUCGUCAGGUUGAAGUGGCAACGUUAAUCGAAUCUUUAUUACCCGCUGUGUGAAACGAACACUGGCAUUAAGGGCACCACAGAGCGAAAUGUAGUAGAAACAGGUACAGGUUGUACUUCAAGCUAUGUUGUUUCUGUUCAUCAAAUAAUCAAAGCAUAAUGUACUCGUAAUGUUCUCUUUCUUUCUAUUUUCAAAAAUAUGCUUUUAAUUUGUUUGUUUGUAUUUUUUUCCUUGUUCAAAAACC